UUUAAAUAUCAUUAUACGUGUAUUAAUUCAAUAUUUUUAUUGUACUGUUAAUGGCUAAGUAUUGAUUGUACUGAUGUCUCAGUUGUAGAAAAUAGCAGUAAAAGAUGGCUGGUGAAAUAUUUGCCACAAGUGUCCGUCUGGGAACUAUAAGAUUGUAUCCUCGCUUUGUCGAUUCUGGUUGCAAUAAUAAUAACAUCGAAAUUCAACUUGGUUUAAACGAAAUUACAUUUGUUGCAACAAGUGCUGAGAAUGAAGAUGAUGGGAAAGAAAUUGAUAUUAAAAUUCCAGUCCAGGCGAUACAUAAAGUACAAGCUCACUUACAAGGACAUUGUCCUGUCAUCUGGAUGAAUGUUAAUUCAGCCUGUGCUGCUGAACUAAGGACUUUGUGUGGAAUACAAGAUAAACAUGGAGCUUAUUUUGACCCAGACGCCAUAAAAUUUGCGGAACGUCAGAUAUCCAUCACUUCAAUAUCAACAUCCGAUUCACGGCCGUUUGCUUUACAAAAUCUUAUAAAGAAUUAUUUCUUCAAAAUUGCGAAACAAAUCAAGAUUAAGCCAGAUACUUUCUUCUCCAGCAUCAACCAACAACAAUGCAACGUCAAAUUAAUGCAGGUUGCUGAUGCAAUAACUAAGCUCGGUCACCAAAAGAAACCACGUAUACCAAGUACUUUUGGUAAGGGAAAUGAAACUCCCAAGAAACCACAAUUAAAAAGAAGCAAGCAGUCAGUUUCACCAUUAAAAGAAGAAACAAACAAGGAAGUAAAUAAUCAACCAGAGAAUAAUCAAGGAAGUUCAGAAAGUAAAACCAGUGAUAGUGAUGAUGUUCCUCCAAGACGUUCAAAAAGAAGGAAACUUUUACCACACAUUGAAAGCACGAGUGACACUGACCAAGAAGCAAGCAUUAUUCAACCAACUGUGGCAACCCCAUCCAAACCCACCCCACACCCCAUUGGUGAUGGUGAAAUGACACAUCAAGCACAAGGUGUAGAACAAAAUAAAAGUACAGAGACCAAAGUGGAAAUGAAGCCUGAAAAAGCAAACACUGGAAACAUGUUUGGCUCUGAUGAAGAUUUCACAGCCAGUAUUCUCCACAUGCUUAAGUCUUUUACUCCGAAAAAUAAAGCGCAAGCAAAGCUGGAAAUUCACAAAGUUUUGUUUAACAUUCAGUUUAAUUUGUCUGAAGAAUAAUUAUGGUUUUCAUUAUAAUAUUUUAUUCUUUUGUUUGGGUUCUACAUGUUUUUCUUCUUCAACUGAGUGAUUUGUAUGUAGUGGUACCACUGUUGCAAUCGGUAGUGUCUUAUUAUAUACAAUGCCAAUACAGCAGAAGCUUCGAUUUUUACACUUGCGGUCAUUCUGAAGCGUUUGACCAGUUCAACUGUAGCAUUACAUCAAACAGUUGCAUAAUUUUGCGCAUACAUCUAUAUUUAAAAAAAAAUAAAACUGUGAUGAGUUCCGUGAA